CCGGGCGCGGCGCCUCCCCCUUCCCGCCUCCCUCCCCGCCGAGCGCAGCGCCCCGAGCAUGGAACCUGCCUGAGACGCUCGGCGGGCUCCGCUCCGGCAGCUGCUGCUGCGGCACAACAUGGAGGCGGCGCCGCCGCUCCUGCUGCUGCUGCGGCUCCUGGCCGCCUCGGUGCUGCGCUGCGAGCCGGGCUCGGCCGGGGCGUCUCCCUUCCUGCUUUUUGCCAACCGUCGGGAUGUUCGACUCGUGGAUGCUGGAGGCACAAAGCUGGAGUCCACUGUGGUGGUCAGUGGUUUAGAGGAUGCUGCUGCGGUUGACUUCCAGUAUUCGCAAGGCAUCGUUUUCUGGACAGAUGUGAGCGAAGAAGCCAUCAAGCAAACUUAUAUUAACCAAACUGGGAAUGUGGUGCAGAAUGUCAUCAUUUCUGGUCUGGUUUCCCCGGAUGGCCUGGCAUGUGAUUGGAUUGGGAAAAAACUUUACUGGACAGAUUCAGAAACCAAUAGGAUAGAAGUCGCUAAUCUCAAUGGAACAUCUAGAAAAGUCCUCUUCUGGCAAGACCUUGAUCAGCCCAGGGCAAUAGCUUUGGAUCCAGCUCAUGGAUACAUGUAUUGGACUGACUGGGGCGAAACGCCCAGAAUAGAACGGGCAGGAAUGGACAGCAGCACACGGAAAAUAAUUGUUGAUUCAGAUAUCUAUUGGCCAAAUGGACUCACAAUAGAUCUUGAUGAGCAGAAACUUUACUGGGCUGAUGCAAAAUUGAGUUUCAUUCAUAGAGCAAAUCUGGAUGGCUCCUUUAGGCAAAAGGUUGUUGAAGGAAGUCUUACUCAUCCAUUUGCGUUGACACUGUCUGGGGACACUUUGUAUUGGACAGACUGGCAGACACGUUCCAUUCAUGCCUGUAACAAACGGACAGGAGAGAAGAGGAGAGAAAUACUAUCAGCUCUUUAUUCACCCAUGGACAUCCAGGUCUUAAGCCCAGACCGGCAGCCCUACUUUCACACUCCAUGUGAAGAAAACAAUGGUGGUUGCUCCCAUCUGUGCCUGCUAUCACCAAGAGACCCCUUCUACAGCUGUGCCUGUCCCACUGGUGUGCAGCUAGAAGAUGAUGGCAGGACGUGCAAAUCAGGUGCUGAAGAAGUGUUGCUGCUUGCUAGGAGGACUGACUUGAGAAGGAUUUCCUUGGACAUGCCAGACUUCACUGACAUUAUUCUGCAGAUAGACAAUAUCAGACAUGCAAUUGCCAUAGACUAUGAUCCUGUGGAAGGCUACAUCUACUGGACUGAUGAUGAUGUUCGGGCAAUUCGUCGGGCGUACCUUGAUGGCUCAGGAGCACAGACUCUGGUAACCACAGAAAUCAACCAUCCAGAUGGAAUUGCUGUGGACUGGGUGGCAAGGAACCUGUACUGGACUGAUACUGGAACAGACCGCAUUGAAGUGACCCGUUUGAAUGGGACAUCGAGAAAGAUCCUUAUAUCAGAAAAUCUAGAUGAACCUCGUGCAAUCGUGCUCAAUCCUGUCAUGGGCUACAUGUAUUGGACAGACUGGGGUGAAAGUCCAAAGAUAGAAUGUGCUUAUUUGGAUGGAUCAGAGAGGAGAGUUCUGGUGAAUACAUCCCUAGGUUGGCCUAACGGCUUGGCAUUGGAUCUUGAAGAGGACAAACUUUACUGGGGAGAUGCAAAAACAGAUAAAAUUGAGGUCAUAAAUGUUGAUGGAACGAUGAGGAAAACCCUCCUAGAAGAUAAACUUCCGCAUAUAUUUGGGUUCACACUGCUGGGUGAUUACAUCUACUGGACUGACUGGCAGAGGCGAAGCAUUGAAAGAGUUCACAAGAUAAGGGCUAGCAGAGACAUCAUUAUUGAUCAGCUGCCAGACUUGAUGGGCCUUAAAGCAACAAGUGUUACCAAAGUUUUUGGGACUAAUCCAUGUGCAGAGAACAACGGAGGCUGCAGCCAUCUGUGUUUCUUUACACCCCAGGAGACCAGGUGUGCCUGUCCCAUUGGCCUUGAGCUGUUGAGUGACAUGAAGACUUGCAUCAUUCCUGAAGCCUUCUUAGUUUUCACAAGCAGAGCAGCAAUUCAUAGGAUUUCCCUUGAAACCAAUAAUAAUGAUGUUGCUAUUCCUCUUACUGGAGUCAAGGAGGCAUCUGCUCUGGAUUUUGAUGUUUCUGAUAACAGAAUCUAUUGGACUGAUGUUAGUUUGAAGACCAUAAGUCGAGCUUUCAUGAAUGGGAGCUCUGUUGAACACGUGAUUGAAUUUGGGCUAGAUUACCCUGAAGGAAUGGCUGUAGACUGGAUGGGAAAGAACCUCUACUGGGCAGAUACUGGAACUAAUCGAAUUGAGGUAGCCCGCCUGGAUGGACAGUAUAGACAGGUCCUUGUGUGGAAGGACUUGGACAACCCAAGGUCUUUGGCUCUUGAUCCUACCAAAGGGUACAUGUACUGGACAGAAUGGGGAGGUAAGCCUAGGAUCGUUCGAGCAUAUAUGGAUGGAACGAACAGCAUCACUUUGGUGGAUAAAGUGGGUCGUGCCAAUGACCUCACAAUUGAUUAUGCCGACCAACGGCUGUAUUGGACUGACUUAGACACCAGCAUGAUUGAAUCGUCAAAUAUGCUAGGACAAGAACGAGAAAUCAUAGCAGAUGAUCUACCUCAUCCAUUUGGGUUGACCCAGUACAGUGACUACAUCUACUGGACAGACUGGAAUCUUCACAGUAUUGAAAGAGCAGACAAGACCAAUGGGAAGAACAGGACGCUUAUUCAGGGCCAUCUGGAUUUUGUGAUGGAUAUUUUGGUCUUCCAUUCUUCACGUCAGGAUGGCUUGAAUGAUUGUGUGCAAAAUAAUGGCCAUUGUGGUCACCUGUGCCUUGCCAUACCAAAUGGAUUUAGAUGUGGCUGUGCUGCACAUUAUACCUUGGAUCCCAACAGCAGGAACUGCAGUUCUCCAACCAGUUUCCUGUUGUUCAGCCAGAAAUCUGCCAUCAGCCGAAUGAUACCUGACGAUCAGCAAAGUCCAGAUAUCAUCCUGCCUAUGCAUGGUCUAAGGAACGUGAAGGCUAUUGAUUAUGAUCCCUUAGAUAAAUUGAUUUACUGGGUAGAUGGGCGUCAGAAUAUUAUAAAAAGAGCCAAAGAUGAUGGCACUCAGCCUUUUACUGUCAUGAGCUCUCCAAACCAAAGCCAGAACCCAGAGAAGCAGCCACAUGACCUCAGCAUUGAUAUAUACAGCCAUACCUUGUACUGGACCUGUGAGGCCACAAACUCCGUCAACGUUCACAGGCUGAACGGCGAGUCAAUAGGGAUGGUACUGCGAGGCGACCACGACAAGCCCAGAGCCAUUGUAGUGAAUGCAGAGCGGGGGUACAUGUAUUUCACCAACAUGCAAGAGCGAGCUCCCAAGAUUGAGCGUGCAGCCCUUGAUGGCACAGAGAGGGAAGUGCUUUUCACAACUGGGUUGAUCCGACCAGUAGCACUGGUGAUUGACAACAAACUCGGGAAGCUUUUCUGGGUGGACGCGGAUCUGAAGCGCAUCGAAAGCUGUGACUUGUCAGGUGCUAACCGUGUGACUCUGGAGGACUCCAACAUCCUUCAGCCAAUGGGACUGACUGUGCUGGGGAAUCACCUGUACUGGAUUGAUCGGCAGCAGCAGAUGAUUGAGAGAGUGGAGAAAACUAAUGGGUACAAAAGGACUAGAAUUCAAGGCCGAAUUGCUCACCUAACAGGCAUUCAUGCUGUGGAGGAACUUGAUAUGGAGGAAUUCUCUGCACAUCCGUGCUCCCGUGACAAUGGUGGGUGCUCACACAUCUGCAUUGCCAAAGGGGAUGGGACUCCAAGAUGUUCAUGCCCAGAGCACCUUGUGCUCCUGCAGAAUCUCUUAACAUGUGGAGAACCUCCAACUUGCUCCCCAGACCAGUUUACCUGUGCAACUGGAGAGAUUGACUGUAUCCCAAUGGCAUGGCGGUGUGAUGGGUUCCCUGAGUGUGAUGACCAGAGCGAUGAGGAUAGUUGUCCAAUAUGCUCUGCAUCUCAGUUCCAGUGUGAGAAAGGACAAUGUAUUGAUGCGCACCUGAGGUGUAAUGGAGAAAUUGACUGCCAAGAUAAAUCUGAUGAAGUGGAUUGUGAUACAAUUUGUCUGCUCAAUCAGUUCCGAUGUGCCAGUGGCCAGUGCAUCCUUCUGAAGCAGCAGUGUGACUCCUUUCCAGAUUGCAUUGACGGCUCAGAUGAGCUCAUGUGCGAAAAAUCAAAGCCAUCCUCGGAUGAACCUCAGCCCCACAGCAGUGCCAUCGGUCCCGUCAUUGGAAUAAUACUUUCCCUUUUUGUCAUGGGAGGAAUGUACUUUGUUUGCCAGCGAGUGGUGUGUCAGCGCUACGCCGGGCCCAACAGCCCCUUUCCACAUGAGUAUGUCAGUGGCACGCCUCACGUCCCUCUUAAUUUUAUUGCUCCUGGAAGUUCUCAGCAUGGCACUUUUACUGGCAUCUCUUGUGGAAAGUCUAUGAUUAGCUCCAUGAGCCUAAUGGGAGGGAGCAGUGGUGCCCCCUUAUAUGACAGAAACCAUGUUACUGGAGCCUCUUCUAGUAGCUCAUCCAGCACUAAAGCCACUUUCUACCCACAGAUCUUGAACCCCCCUCCAUCCCCAGCUACUGAUCGCUCCCUGUACAAUGCAGAGAUGUUUUAUUCUUCAAACAUUCCUUCAACCACAAGAUCUUACAGGCCUUACCUUAUACGAGGGACAGCUCCACCCACAACCCCGUGCAGCACAGAUGUUUGUGACAGUGACUAUACUACUAGUCGAUGGAAAGCCAACAAAUACUAUAUAGAUUUAAAUUCAGACUCAGACCCUUACCCCCCUCCACCCACGCCUCGCAGCCAGUACAUGUCGGCAGAAGAAAGUUGCCCUCCAUCUCCUGCCACAGAACGAAGCUACUUUCACCUCUACCCACCUCCACCCUCUCCUUGUACAGACUCCUCAUGACCUCUACAGAAGGAACUUUCCCUGUAAAUAUUUUUAAAUAUGAACAGAUUUUAAAUAUAUAUUUUAUGAUUUAAAGAUAAAAAAGGGGUGGGAAUUAAAAAGAAGAAAAAAAAAAAGAAAUGUGAAUAAAAAUGUGCGGGAGGGACGGGGCUGUGAAAAUUGUACAAAGGAAGAAUAUUUAUAAAAUUGAUUUUUUUAACUUAAUUUCCCUUCUUUUGUGCCAUAUUUGCCUUUUUGAAAUCAUGGAACUGACUUACUCUCCAGAGGAUUUGGGGAGGCAACCUUGAGCCUUUUUGCAUUUCAAACCACCUUUUUACACGCAAAGUGUAUGCAAUUCUUUUUACUAAUGUGAGAAAAGAAAGUGAAGUGACUUGUGAAAGGAGGAGGCUGAAGACCAAUGUUCACAGAGGAGAAAAACAUGCUUAAAUAGUUUGUCUGUGUCUCAUCCCUUGUACACCACUGGCAGAAAACAUGCAAAGAGUACCACUGUCAUAUGUUCCUGUUUGCUAGUGAGCUGAGUGCUUCCCAGCAGAAUCUGUGUCCUGUGACCUGGAUUUUGAACCUCAGUCUCCGUGUGCUCAGCACUGAACUGGAAAGACUUAUUUUAACCAAAUCUUUCAGCUUAGAUGGUCCCACAGGCAUCGUGUCCUGACUCAAGCAAGUACCAUGCUGCGUACUGAUUCUGGAACUGAUAGGAGCUAGAAACAUAGAAACAAACCUCAAAUGCUUGGUUGAGCUCCAAUCCGUUCCCACUUUGAGUGUAAGACAGUAGAAGUUGUAAUGGCCUGACAGUGAGAGCAAGGGUCUCUUAACAAGAGAAAUACCUGUGAGAAAUGUUUGACAAACAGCAGCUCUGCUCAGGUUCACCGUUUUAAUUUGAAUGAAACCAGGUCCUCGCAUCCGCUUCUUUGUGAGGCUUUGGUGACUUGGCUGAGAAGGAGCUGCAACAGCUGCUUCUCAAAAUACUGUGGUACUUCACCUUUUACCCUGAAGUCCAGUAAUUCCUCCAGUCUGGGUCUUUGCCUGCAUUGAAUUCAUCAGCAAAUUGCUUCAUCUCCAAUGUUCAUUUCCCGAAGUGGGAUGAUACGGUGGACUGCGUUCUUCUUAAGUGAGGAAAGUUGUUUGUUUGUAGGACGUGGUAUCUGCCAAGCUUGAAACCAAAACAUCUGCCAUUCGAGCAGGUUAGUCAUGUCGUCAAAAUAUGCCACCAAAUCAGUCCAGAUUUAGAAACAUAAAAAGCACAGGGAGGAAGGAGAGAAGGCAAAUACAUCUGAUUGUAUUAAAAUAAAAGAAAUAAACUGCAACAAACUGCUGUAUCCUCAGGACACCGUAAUCAGUGAAGUGCUCAUGCUUCUAGCUCCUGGCAAACCCUUUUGUGAAAAGGAGGCUGGGAUAAGUGCCUUUCACAAUACAGAAGAUAAAUUUUUGCUUUGAUUCAUCUCCUGUUGUAACAAAGGGAUUUGGGUAUUGAAUGGCAAUUUUCACCUCUGAUGAAGAUUUGUGUGCCUACCUGGGAUAUCUGAGGGAAAAUCUGAAUAUGCAGACCUGCACCUGUUUCUGCAGCUGCUGAAUAACGUGGUGGCUCUUUGACAGCCUUAAUAUUGUUGGCAACAACAAAACGUUUUUCCUUUUUGAACUUAAAUUAUGUUUGGGUCAGUGUCUUUUGAACAAAAGAAGCCUAGGAUUCCGGGGCAAAGGUCCUUGUUGUAAUGGAGGGCCUGGGACCACAAAGUUCCAAUCCAGUUUCUGUUUACAGAUUUGUUAGUCCAGAUCUGUUCUUCCUGCCUGUGUUGUUCAAGGAUAAAUAUUGGUGCUGUCAUUGGUGUAUUACUGAAACUCUUCAAGUAGAUUUCAGUACCUUUGUGGCUAAAUUUUUGUUUCUGAGUUUCACAUUUGGCACAAAGAUGAUGCCCACCAUUUCCUGUGGAGAAAAAUAGAGAACUGGGGAAUCCAGCACUGGAGUUUCAGAAUGGAUUCUUUUCCCCCAUCCCUUGCCAAAGUUAGCAGUUCUGUAGUAUCCCAGGCUAGAUGCACAGAUAUUUCUGUAUCACAUAAUCCUAUAAACGUUCUACAUUACAGCACUUUGUCGAAUUUCACAUCAGACGUUGUUUUGUGCAUAACUAUUGGCCAUUAGUAAUGAAUGUAUUCAUUGUUUCAUGUUAUAGUUCUAGCUUAGAGCCAUACCAUACUAAUAUUCCUGUAUUCCUGUGAUGGCACUGAAUGCAAGAUUGCUUUUUUUUUCCCCUUUCCUUAAACCACUGAUGGUUUUAAAGAACCACCACUGUAGCAAUCCCAACCACUUUGUCUUAUUCUCCUACUAGAAAGUUUGGAAUUGUGUCCAAGAAAAUCAGCAGUCUUGCUGAGACUAAGACUGACUUAAGGACCAAAGGAAUUUGACCCUUAAGUACUCAGAAGGAAGCAAGCACUUGCUGAAUGGAAUAAGUGUGUGCACUCUUGUGUUUCAAUUGGAUGUUCAGAACCUCUUGCUGCUGAUGUUUGCUGAGAAAUUACUUCUUCGAAGGCGCUUCAGGUUUUGUGAUCAGAAUGCAGGUUUCACACUGCUCCAUGGAAUUGACUUGAAAAGCCUCUUCUAAAGAGAACUUGUAAGCAAAUACAGCAUCUAAAGAUUUAAAUACUGAAAUAUUACUUUUUGUUGCUGUAGUCUACCUAACCUAAGAAGAUUACUGCACUCCUAUUGGCAGAAAAGACCAUAUAUUUGAGCGAGAUGAGCUACUUUUCUCCAGAAAUAUCCCCCAGUAUGUUUUUAGGGAAGUGUUUUUUAUCCUGUGAACCUUCAGGCUAAAACUUAAGAAACAGAUGCUUGCUUCUUCUAGAUCACGAUGAGGGAAAGUGUUGCGUGGAAUUAUUGAAAGCAUAUGGCAAGUUGUAGCAGUGCAGGGCUGAGCGGGAAAUAAGUAGGGAAAAGUUGUGUUUUGCUGAGGUUUAGGUGUGGUUCUAUUAGUGCAGAAGGGUGCUGUGAGAAAGGCUGGGGUAUCCUGAUGUAUCCUAGGAGUUCUGCCCCAAGAACCUGCAGAGGGAUGCAAGUGAUUGGACUUUCCAUGUGAGCAGCUGAGUACUUGAAUCGUUUACUAAAAUAUUUUCAAAACCCAUUAUGACUGUGUAUUAGCACUUUAAAGCAGCUUGGGAUGGAAUACAGAGCUGUGUCUGGAUAGCAGUGGUGGGCAAAUGAACUGGUUGAUUCUGUGUUACAUCCAAGGGCAAAUUUCAUAGCAGAGAGCAGCAGCUUUGCCUUCUGAUGCAAUCACAAAGGCAGCUACAAGUGUCAUCUUUUCCCUGUAGAAUUUAUUCUGUCUGUGGCACAAAUGCAGUAACGAUGUGAAGCUAUAAGGUAAAAAUGGGCAGACUUAAAAAUUAUGAUCUUCAUUGGCAAAGUAUUCUUUGAUUUCAAGCAAAGAGUUUGUGUGAAUUCUAGCUGGGCUUCAGCUAGAAUGGCUGUAAUGAAUUUGUUUAUUAUUGGUGGGUUCCCAUCGUUUCACUGCUUUGGUUUAACUGUCUGGAUAGAUUGCUAAAAAGCACUCAAGCUAAGAUCAAGUCAAAUCUACAGUGUACAAUAAAUGAAGUUUUCUUUUAGGAUAAUGACAUUACAAAAUGUCCAAAGAAUUAGAUGGUGUUAGUAUGAACAUGUUCCAAAGAGGAACGGUGAAAUAAGUUGAAUUUUUUUUUUUUUUUUUUUUUCAAUAGUGAGUUUGAUUUGUAGCAGUAAAGCUUGAUCUCUCUGGUUGUAAAUCUAAGAUGUAUCAUGUUCUCCCCAUUUUUAGGGAGGCAACUGGUACCUCUUGGAUCCCGGGGCCUUUGAAACUAUUGGAGUGUCUGUGCACAGCAGCGAUCAGUAAGGGCUGGCCAUGCUGUGCUGAGCUACCAGUGAGCUGGGCGUUCACCCACUGCCUGUAGGGUCCGAUCCUUUUGCUGCAGAGAGCUGUGGGGCUGCCCUGCAUCAGAGCCUAUGGGGCACAUUGCAGUACGUUACGAGUGAGGUCGAGCAGACUUGACAAAAGUUGUGUGCCCCGUGUGCUCUGAGCAUUAUCAGAAGCAGAUCUUUUCUGAUGUCAGUCAUUUUGUUGGGGCAUGUGUUGAAUCAGUCCCAAUGAGUAGCUGCGCUUAUAAUUGUACAACAAGUGAUACCCAUUAAUGUCAGGAAAUGAAAACAGAAGGCAGGCAUGUUCCCAGUAAUUAAUAACACACAGGAGUGCCUGGCAUGGAGCCCUGAAUUAGAAAUAAUGUAUUUGUUGCUACGGUGCUGAGGGACGUUUUGCAAACUUCCAUGUUAGGACUGAGCCUUGGACAAGCCAUAAUCCAACACAACAGACAUUUACAGAACAGUUAUUCAGUUGUUUCUAUUUAAUGAUGUGUGCACUAUAAAUGAUCAGUGCAGUCCUCAUCACAAGUUUCACAGUGCCUGCUGUUCUGUUACUGUUCCCUUACGAACUGCAACGCUUUCAUCAUUAAAUGUGAAAUCCCCUUUCUUUGACUAUCAGGAGUUCAGCUGAACAGCUUAAGGUAUUUCCCACGUGUUAAAAGUAACAUUAAUAUACAUAGGUAUUUUCAUUGCUGUCACAUGUUCUAGCUCUUCUUGCUGAGAACAAUUACUGAAGAUUUUGUAAAGGGUAUUUUUCCUCUAUUUUGUGUAUUUUGCUGUUGGCCAACUAUGUUGUGGGUCUGCUUGUGUGAGAUUGUGUUCCUGGGCAGGGUGGGGGGAGGAGAAACAGAUUUAAAUCAGUGUUAAGCCUGCUGGUAAGAAUGAUGGAAACCAAGCUUCUGUGUCCUGCAACCAAGCUCCUCAGAUGCUGUGUCCUGCCACUGCUGGUGAUGCUCCCAGCUGCCCAUGGCAGUGAGGCACCACAACCAGGCUGUCCCCAGCACAACCUGCAGCCCACCUGGAGGGAGACAGGAGCCUCUUCUUCAGCCAGCACAGAAUCCUGCUGGAUAGAAGAUGACAGAAACAAUUCCUAAACAGGACACUUGACAUCAACAAAAUACAUGCAGAGAACACGCCUUGAAAGAGGAGAAAAGCAAGUCUCAUAGCUACAGAGAUGGACCAAUUCACCAGCAUUUAUGUCUUUGUUAAACAAGUGCCCCUGCUGAUGUACGUUCCUCUGAGCGAUGCUCCCAAGGGGAGCUGCAUCUGAUAAAGGCAGCCAUGUCCCACUUUCAUUUGUACAGAGAUCCUACAAUGCAUAGACAGGAACAGAAGUAUUUCAAUUGCAACCACUAAUGCAACAAUCAUAAAUGGAAUUAAUUGGCCUGCAGAGAUCAAAACAAAAGCUGUUGAAAAGUGCUGUGCUGUUGGAUGUGAAAUUUGGAGGGCAUCAUCAACAAAACUCUAACCCAGACCGCUUUCUUGCUCAUCUUAAUUGUAUUGUAAUUGUGCUGCUAUUUGUAAAUGUACAUGAAUAUACAAAGAUUACCAAGAUUUUUUAUGAUAAACACACAAUCUUUUUUAUAUUUAUAUUAAAACGUAUAUUCUGCAACCAGCCUAAUAAUUACAGCUUUAUAUAUGUAUCAUUUUGUAGGAUUUGUUAUUACAAAGGACAACCAAACCCAGUACUGAAGUGCCUUCUGUGUUCUAAACAGAUCAAAUAUUGACUGGGGAAAAAAUUAAAGCCUUAAAAAUCACAGAAACCCCAAGUUUCCUAUGUUAAGUGUACUCUAAUGAUUCUGAGUAAACACUGUGUUCGGUUCUCCUCAGCUCAAAUACAUCCACAAGUAGUGGAACUGAAACUGACAGCUGAGGGGUUUUUAGAGCAUGCAUAUCUUGAGUUUGUAAUAUAUUGGGAUUGCAUAUGCAAGUGCAUAACUUCAGGUGGACGUUCAUUUCCAUAUUCAUUUCAGCAGCAAUUUUGACAUGUUAAAGACAUGUCAUUAAAGAAGUGCCAACAGGUGAUACUUGAGUGUUUGGGGAUGAAAUUGGCAUUAUUUUCAGAUUGUCACUACAGUAUUUUUUAUGAAAGCCAUUUGUCAUACUUCAGAAGGCCUUUAGCAAUUAUUUUCCAAAUGUGGCCUUUAGGAUACAAAUGAACCUGGUUGGAACUGUCCUAAGAAAGAUUUCUUUGAGGCUUUCAUCACUUCAGACCAUUAUACGUUAACCAUUUUCUGGUCACAAAGCUGCAUCAAUUCUUUAUGUUAACAAACCUGAAGUGGUUGAAAUUACCGCUGUUUUGUAUAAAGAUUUGUAAAGAUAACAGACUCUGCCUUUGUACAAUAGAUGCUGUGGAUUUUGUUUUAUAAUAAAUAUAUUUAAA